CUUUUCCUUUGGUUGUGUGAGGCGUUAUUAAAUCGGGAAGUAGGAAGGGACUUUAUAAAACACAGUUGUGGUGAGCAGCACUUCCUGCUUGGGCGGCUGUUUGUGAGAGGAGGAGGUUUCCGCUGGUGAAGGGACCGGGGCAGUGUGCAGCCUUGCGGAAGGAUCCUAGUCUGGGUUGUGUCAGUGCUGCAGGAUGGAAGGGGAGAGCACUACUGCUGUUAUAUCUGGCUUUGUGUUUGGCGCCCUCACCUUCCACCAUCUGAACUCGGGAUCUGAUACAGAGGGCUUUCUGCUUGGAGAUGUUAUGGGUGAAGCAAAGAAUUCCAUUACUGACUCCCAGAUGGAUGAUGUUGAAGUUCUUUAUACGAUAGAUAUACAGAAACAUGUUCCGUGUUACCAACUUUCCAGAUUUUACAAUGCACUUGGUGACCUGAAUAUUCCAGAACUGAAAAAGUUGCUUGCGGGCCAAAAAAAGUCUCAGAAUGUUAUUGGCUGGUACAAAUUUCGACACAACACAGAACAGAUAAUGACUUUCAGAGAGAGGCUACUCCACAAGAACCUGCAAGAACACUUCUCAAAUUCAGGGCUUGUAUUUUUAUUACUAACAUCAAACCCAGCAACAGAGACAAAAUCCACACACCGCUUGGAGUAUGCUCUUCAUAAGCCACAAGAUGGCUUUUUUCACAAGGUGCCCUUGGUCAUUUCCAACCUUGGUAUGUCAGACCAGCAGGGAUAUAAAACAUUAUGUGGAUCAUGUGUUUCUGUCGGCUUAAACACAGCUAUUAAAAAGCAUAGGUUGGAGUUCUUUAAUGAAGAUGGUGCUUUAGCGGAAGUUAACAGAAUCAGUGAUAUGCACAUGACUCUUCAAGAGGAACUAAAGAAAACUUGCAGUCAACUGGUAGAAAGUGAGAACUCCGUGGAACAACUUCUGGAAGCAGUUAAUGACCUAAAGAAGCAAAUAGCUGAGAAGAAAUUGCUCAUGGAGGAAAAAGGAAAUAAAGUUUCUGAAGACACAGAAGAAAAUGUUUUGUUGUGUGAAGCUUUUCGCAGAUUCUUUCCUCAGUCUGCUCUGCUGCAAUCUUGCCGGCUUUCUCUGGGAGGAAGGCAGAUCCCUCACAGCUGCAGUGUCAGCCACAACAGUAGUGAUGUAAAUGAACUGACUCUAAUGGUCAAACAAUAUGACUUCCCAGAAGCACACAGAAGGCAGGCUGGUAAAAGGAAGGCUCACUCAAAACAGCUUGGCAAAACCUCAACAAAGAAGUCUCGACUUCCUCCGUUUCAGAGACCGCAGUCUGAUAACAGUGACAGUGAGAGUAGUGACAGUGAGAAACUGUUGUGCACCAGUGGCACAGAGACAGAUGGUGAUAUUGUACAAAGUUUAAAUGUGGAAGUGUCUCGGUCCAAGUCUCCAACUUUUUAGAUGCAGGGGCCCACCAGAACAUUUCACUAAUAAAAGGUGAAAGAGUGUUUCUUAACUGGAAUAUGAAGCAAAAGAAGGGAGCAUUGUUAUUUUACGUUAAUUACUAGCUGUACAAUUCUUCACGUUUUAUUUAGGGCCUUAAUAGAAAAGGAUGUAUGGGUUUCAUUUUGUGCCCUUACAAAGUUAUUUUUAUAAAGUGUAACGUAACAA